AUGGUACAUCUGAAGAUGAAAAUAUCUCUCAAAGAUGCCCAGAAUCAUGGUACACUCACUCAAUUCUUUGAAAAAUACAGAGCCACAAAACCCUACAGAUUACCUUCAGGUGACAGAGAAUCUGAAAAACGUACACCCGAACAAAUGUCUAACUAUCUCAAAAUUGCCCAAAAGCAUAAAAGAAGCCGGGCAGUUUUCAUGGAAGAACAAACCCUAACUUCGGGCAGCCCCAUGUUUGACUCCGGUCAAGGUCAAACCCCAGAUGAUGAAUUAUUUUUCCCCGAAACAAUGUUUUCAGCAAACUCAGUUCCCGAUAGUGCUUUACCUCUUUCAAAUCAAUUAGAAAAUGUUCACAUGGGAAAGUGUAAUGGAGUUUUGGACAAUUUACCCUUGCCCCUGAUAAUGACGAAAAGCCCCAUUAUGUUGGAGAGACUUGGUAUAAGGCCAGAGUACCUUAACAUGGAGCAACAAGGGGGUCUUGAUAGGGGUAAAAAUGGAACAUUUGGGAUGAAAAAUGGUUUGAGUUCUCAACAAGCUUCGGAAAUGUCUCGACAAAUGGUGUCCCGGUUGUUGAUUGAUGUUGGUUUUGAAUCGGCUUCUGAAAAGAUUGUUCGGCUAUUGGUCUACUUAAGAUGUUCCUCCAAACAAUUGGACAUGGUAACCUUGCGGCUUUUACCGAGGUUGUUAAAGAUAGUUCCAAGAACAACAUUCAACAAACACAAAUGCAAGUUCAAGCAAUGCAGACACAAAUGCAAUUACAAAGUCAAACUAGAGUUGGUCAACCCCAUCAAUUUGCAAGACAAAUGCAAACCAAAUGGUUCAUCCUCUACAACAACAGCAACAGUGGGACCGCAUGCGAAGGCGUCAACCUGCAACUCAAAUCCUCGUGGUGUUGGUGUGAUGAAUAUGAAUUUGGAUAAUGAAAGUCAAAGGUCAAUGGUGGAAGUCAAACUUGAAAAUCCAUCUGAUUUCCAAAUGGAUAACAACAACAACAACAAUAAUGGUGGAUUUGCAACCAUGAAUUAUCGAAACCCUCAAAUGCAAUUUCGACAGCAGCAGUUUGCUGCCAUGUCAGCGUAUCAAGCUCAAAACAAUCAGUUUCGACCAAUGGCGUCUGUCCAAAUCCCCCAACUCCACCCACAAGCUCACUCUCCGAAUAUGGGAAUGAUGGUUAGAGCUCCACCUGUGAAGGUUGAAGCAUUUCAAGAAUUGAUGGGUGGAGAUUCUUCAAUGAAACAUGAUUCAGAUGAAAGUAAACUCACUUCCCCAAACUAAUUGACUUUUCAGAAUUAAAAAAAAAUGUUUUUUAAUUAUAACUAAAUCAUGUUGUUAAAAUUGUAUAAAGGGUCAUUAAUUGUAUUUCUAAACUUUUAGUUGACUUUCAAUGUGAAUAGUGCUAAUUUGUAGUGUAUGUGGUUACAAGCU